CGAUCUUGGUUAAAAAAUAAAUAUUCUAACCUCAAAAUAAAGGACUUGGUUGGUUGAUUAUAAUAAAUUUAAUUAUUUAAUACAAUCAAUUGCAUUGUUGGCUUAUUGACUUCGCAUCUAGUUAAAUAAUCAAAUAUGAUUUGCCCGGACUUUCUAGAAUUUCAGGACAUAUUGAAGAAGAUGCGUGUGCUUGAUGAUAAGAUAGUGUACACAUUAAACACAUCAAUCCCAACUGAAUCAUUUCAAAAGAAAAUAGAUGCUGCAGCAGUCUGCCAAGAUCUUCAUAACCAAAUAACAAAGGGGCACUCUGAAAGAGAAGCUACUAUUAAAAACUGCAUUGUAGCCACAGCUGACACACUGAAAAAACUGAAGGUUGCUAAAGAAGAAAACCCUAAUGAUUUUGAUGUCUUGAAGAAUUAUAAAUCUGAACAGAGAAAGUUACGACUGCUGCAACAAGAGUUGAGUGUAGAAGAAGUAAUAAAAGAGAAGACAAGCAAGUUGUUCUCUGAGAAGUGCAGGAUGUACUACAAGCCCAGCGACUUAUGAAGACUGAUCAUGUUUCACCCGUUAUUGUUGUUGAAUUCUAAUGUACAUAAUAUAAAUUAGCUAUAGAAAGA